AUGAAUAAUAAUCAAAGUGAUGAAAACAAUGAAGUGAUUAAAUCGUUAGGACAUAAUGCAUUAGUUACGCUUCUUCUAAAUAAUGAGAAUUAUCAUGAUGAGGAAAUUGAAAAAGUUGAACAAGCUGAAAAUAGUGUAGGUAGUGAUAUAAAUAGUAACAAAAAAGGAAAAAAUGAAAUAGACAUUUUUGAAGUUAAUGAGAGUAUUGUAGAUGAUUUAUAUGAUUAUAAAAAAAAUGAAAUAUAUUUUUCUCCAAAUAAUAUAAAUAAAUAUAGUGAGGAAAAAUUUUACGAAAAUGAAAUAGACUUGUUACACUAUAAUAAUAUGCACAUUAAUAGUAGCAUAAAAACAGAGCUUGUAAAAAAUAAUAAUUAUUUUAAAAAUUUGAAGAAAUAUAAUUUUUUACUUAAAAAAAAUAAAUAUAAUACAAAUUUUUCAAUUCCUCAUAAUUUUAAUAUGCAUAAUAAAUUUUUAGCAAGUGUAUCAAACAGUAUUGGUAGAUUUACAAAUAAAAGUGAAAAAAAAUUAUUUUAUCUACCCCUAUCAAAAAAGAAAGAAAUUGGAAUAGAAGAUAGCGAACAUAAUGAACUAGUAGACUGUUCUCUUCAUUCUAAUCAUUUUCAAAUUGAAUGGAAAAACAAAAAAAGUGAGGAAACAAAUGUAUCAUGUGAUAUGUGCAAUACCUCUGAAACGUUGAAAAAUAAAAACAUGAUUUUAAAUGAAAAUAUAGAUAAUACAAAUAAGGAAAGAAAUGGUGAGGCUGAACUUGUAGAGAAAAAUUCAUGUAACAGAUCAGAACAUAAUGUAGAAGAUGCUGACAUUUUCUAUAGUAAUAACAUAAGUAAUAGGGAAAUAAUAGAAAGAAAUAAAUGUAAAUGCUGUUCACAAAAAUAUAUAAAUAUCUAUAAAGAUCAUAACAAAAAUAAAGAUGAGAGCAAGCUGAAUAAGAAAAGGAAAAUCGAGAAAGUGGGGUCUCCAACUGAUAAUGUAGCCACGAUAAAUGACAAAAAUUGUUUCGAAAAAAAUAAGAUGAAAAAAAAAGUGAAAAAAAAAACGGAAAGGGAGGUGAAAAGUAAAAGUGAUGAAGAAAACCAAGAGAAGACGAUAAAAAUAGAGAAUGAUGGUGAAGACAAAAAUGAAAAACCUUUUGAGCAUUUCGUUUUCCUAGAUUUUAAUCCAAAAGAUGAAGAUUAUAAAGCAAUUAAAAAAACAUUAGCAGCACAUGGGUUGGUUCUUGACUUAUCAUUUGAUACUAAUACAAAAAAGGAAAAUAUAAAUACAAAAGUUGAAAUAAUAAAUAUGAAAAAGUGCUCUAUUAAAAAGGAAAUAAAUAAUAAUGGAACAAACUUAGAACAAAUUGUAGAAGUUGGAGAUAAUCCCCCAAAAUAUAAUUUAUUAAAACAAAAAAAAAAUACCGGAAAAAUUAAAAUCGUUGAUUAUGAUUUUGAAAAAAAUAUAUGUUAUUUUCAAUAA